AUGUCCGACCUAAAGGAAUACAGAAUACAUAUAGGAAAUAUAUCACCAAAACUCAAAGAGAAUAGCAAUUUGUUAGAACAACGAAUAAGCAAAUUCGAUCUUAAAAUGGUAUCAUCAUUAGAAUUUCAUACCAAACCAAUUGAGACUAAAUACUUUGCUUAUACUACGGUACUUGCAUCACCGUCAAAUUUCAAUAAGUUUAAAACCUCCCUUAAUGGCGUUCAGUUUAUGGGCUUGAAGUUGAGUAUAGAUCUAGCCAAACCAUCUUAUCAGGAACGAUUUCACAAUUUGCUGAAGAAUAAAUCAAAACAGUUGGAACAAGAUGAGAUCAAACUAGGUAAAAUUGCAAAAUCAAGAUUUAAUAGGCUAGCUGAAUUGCAUACAAACUAUCCUACAAAUCCAAUUACAUCAACUAUUGUAACUGCGCCAAAGCCAACCACUUAUUCAGUCUCACAACACACAUUCAACAAUACAUCUGCCAAUACCAAAAACCCACCACCAUCUCAUAGACUAGAUGGGUCCAAAUCAUAUGGUGCUACCCUUGACAAUUUGAACUUUAAAUAUCGUGAUGGAUCCGCUCAUUCAUUAAUUAAAGGUGUUCACCGUCUGAAAGCAAGAAAAGAUUUACGACUGCAAACAUUGAGGAUAUUAGUCAAUGGGGAACUAAAGACAUUCAAGUUUUACAAGACUAAAUUAUGGGGAAUAGAGAAGAAUAAAACUGCUAGGGAUUUGACUUGGAGAUAUGAUGCUAAAAUGGGAUGGAAAAGUGGUGAUGACCAUUUAAUCGAAGGUGUUAGUAGGAAACCUUGUGGCAUCAACGGUGAACAAGCAUUGAAGUAUGGUGAUGAGACUGCAUCGCAUGUUGAAGGGUCGGCCAGAGAUGGUGACGAAUUAACCGAUGAGGUUGAUGGAGACAAUGAAGCUCAAAAGAAUAAAGCAAUAUUAGCAUUGUUGUUGAAUAAUUAUGAUUUUGAUAAACCAGUGGAUCUUGAAGAAGAGAAAAAUGUUGAUAUGGACGAAGUUGAGAUUGAUUCAAAGGGACGCAAAACAGUGAAACAUUAUGAUUAUGAGAUAGAAGGGAAAGCUGGAGAUGAUAAUGAUGAAGAAGAAAGUGGAAACAAAAUAGAUAGAAACAAAGCAAUAUCAGCAUUGAACAGUGAGAAAUUAGUGAAGCCAGUGAAGGAAGUGUAUUAUGAUGAAGAUGAUGAAGGAAAUGAGUUGGAUUUUGAUACAUGGAAACCUACAUUCGUAGCUGAAAAAGAGGUUGGAGAGGUGGACACCAGUAAAGACCAUGCACAAGAACAAGAGAGGAUCAAUGAGGGUGGUGAUCAAAAUCAAGAUGAAGAUGAAGAGUUCAUUCCCUCUUUUGGUGCACCUGCUUCAAAUACCACAGAAACUCUUCGAUCUUUAUUUAAUCCAACCACUUCCAACAACCAGCCUCAAUCACAACAAUCAACUUUCAAAUUAGCAUUAUCGGAUGAUGACAACGACAUAGAUGAGUCCAAAACAGUUCAAGAUCAACAAAAACAGCAACAAGAACAAGAACAACUCUUGACGCAAAUCCGACAACGUAAACAAGAAGAAUCUUCUCAUAAUUUACAACAACAACGACAAAAUCAAUAUGGAUUAUUUUGGCCUCAUUUUGAGUCACCAUUUUUAUCAACUCAAUCACAAUUGGCCAAAAUUGGUAAUUUGGCAGAAUCAGGGUUCAAUUUGCCUCUGUUGAGUAGUGUUGCUGAUGGUGAUGGGAAAGAAGGAGAAACAGAUUAUGAGAAAUGGUUUUGGUCGGUGCGUGGUGAGUUUACUCGUGAGUGUAAGAGACGUAAGCGUGAUUUGAUGAGGAUAAUGCGUAAGAAGAGGAACUAG